GUCAAAGGGGACGGAGACGACCCGGAAGGGCAAAAGAAGAAGAGAAGAGUUCAAAGGGAAGGGCAAAUUCGUAAUUAACAACUCUCUGUGUGUGUAUGGGAAAGAAGAGUAGUUAGUUAAACGUGCAAAGAAGCAGCCUUUCCAUUUUCAUUUCCGUUUCCAAACACAUAAACCGCACCAAUCAAACAAGCUCUGGUUUUUGCUCAUCGAUCUCACAAUCUUUUCGUUUCCUCGCAAACCAACACCUAAUUUCUUUUGAUCCACGCUAAAACAAUCCCCAUUUCUUCUGAUCAAGAUGUAUCACCGUCUUCCAUCGCUAAUGGAGCCGUUUCUACGGAGUGUCUCUGACCGUUGGCCGGUCAUCGCUCAGGCUGCCACGUGGACGGUGCUUCUAAUGUUCACGGUGGCCGUCGCUUCGUUUGCUCCGGAGAUGGCUUUUGUGUCUACGGUGUCGUCUUCGUGCGGAGGAGGAGAUGGUUUCGUGAAGAUUCCGAUGGAUUUUGCAGGGGAGAGUAUAUGCGUGCCGUCUAAUAUGGUGAAGAGAUCGCGUUUUGAUUUGUUUGUGCCUUCGAUUUUCGCGGCGGUUAUGGUCACUGCUUCGGCUUGUUUGAUCCGAUCAUGUAUUGGCACGGAGAAUGUGGAUGAUUUUUAAUAAACACUUGUAAAUUAAUUAAUAAUCUUGUAUUCAGUUACUACAUAACAUCCACCAUUUUGUUAUUCCAAAUCACGACAUUAUAUUAAGCUGCGUCGUAGAAUAGUUGACAUUUGUCAGUGUUAACCCAACAAUUUGAUCUGUUAUGUUAUCCACGACCCAAAAUCACAACU